AAUGUGCAUUGUGAUUUCGCGAAGAGAUGCGACUGCAAGGGAUAGAUCCCGCGCGAAGAAGGUGACUCUCUGGCAGGGCCCAAGCACGGACGAUUGCUUGGUUUGAAAGCAUUUGCCCGUUCUAGCGAAUUCACAACCCGAUCGACGCGCCAAACAACAGAGAUCCAAAUCUGCCGAUGCACCUCGGCACAGAGCCUAUAUCUGUCCUAUGAAUCACUCUCGGCCCCCUCGUUAAAACUCUCAACUCCUCGCCCUCUGCCUCUCUCUACCCACAACCAUUAUUUCUUCUCUUCCAAUGUCCUCCAAACGCGGCAGGAAACGCAACGAUAAUCUUCCUCCAAACCGUGCUCGCGAUGUCCAGAGAGCAUUUAGGGCCCGUAGAGCUGCACACCUCGAAGCUUUGGAACAGAGAGUCGCCGAGCUCGAGGAAGAAAACAACACCCUGCGCGCCGCGCUCAACCUUCCCCCGGCGAGUAGACCGCCACUGGGGAAGGGUCCUACUGGCAAGGACAAGCCCAAGCCUUACACACCGCGAGCACAGACGUCCCCCUUGUCCUCUGUAGAUUCUGUCGGUGGCACUACCACUCUCCCCUCAGGCAUAGUCGUCCCUGCGUCUGGCAGUGGGACCCCGUCUCCAUCGUCGACCUCCACAAGGACGCACUCCAUGUCCCCCACCAUGAAUGCCGAACGGUCUAUGCACGAAAUGUCCGCGGUCGCCAAUGCUACAUGGGGUGAGUCCUUAACGGCGCGCAAGGAGCACACAGAACACACUUCUCCGGUCUCUACCAACUAUUCCAUGCAGGCGUCUUCCACACAAUCACAUUACCCGUACUCUACCCAAUCACCGUCGUCAUCCCGUCAACCUCUGUAUCUGCAAUCUAUGACGCCGUAUUCUCCUGCUUCCGCCGAUAGAACGCCAAUUGACGGUUACGACUUUCUCGACCGUCAACGCUAUGCCCUCACUCAGCCCACUUAUUCCACCUCCGUUCACGACAGUUCACAAAUGCACAACCAUUCCCCUACCUCAGUCAUUCCUUCGUCCCAGUCGUCCCACGGGAAUUCGCAUACCAUGCACAACUCAAUACCCUAUCCUCAUAGACGGUCUAUCACCGAGCCGCAAGGGUACCGGCCUGUCGUCAUGAACCAUCAAGGCCUUCAAUCGUCCUUACCUCAUGCACAGCAGCAGUCUGCGCACAUGGUUCGAAUACCUUCUCCGGAGGGCGUGGCCUCUGUACGUACCAGCGUGUAUGACAUGGAGUCUAGAGUAGGUCGAAUGCCGACUUAAUUUUCCCAUCAGUCAUGAUUCCCACCUUUGCAUCUUGUCGUUGCUACCAUUUCCCAAGGACGUCGUCGUUUAAGAAGUCGCAUAUUUCUCUUUUUUGGACAUUCUUGUAUCGCUACAGUAAACAGAAGUCAUUCUAUCGUUGUCUUUUUGCAGGGUCGCACAGCUAUCUACUCUAUAUUAUCC